AUGUCUGCUAGGGUCGAGCCUGUCGGUCAGAGACAGACUCCACAUGGUACUGUGGGCGCGUCGGGCUCUCAGACUCCGAUGGUUUCAGAGGUUCCUACUACGACCGUACCCGUCGUACCCACUCCUACAGUAUUCACAAUGCCACCAGCGGUGCCACCUGCGGCAUAUCUGAUACCUCCUCCAGCCGUGCCUACUGCAUAUCUGGCACCUCCUCCAGCUGUGCGUACGGCAUAUUCGAUACCUCCUCCAACCGUGCCUACGGCGUAUCCAGCACCUCCUCCAGCAGUACCUGCUAUUGCGUACCCAGCACACGCACCAGCAGCACUAGUUACACCUAUCGCACCUCCAAUCACUCCUGCCUAUAUUGACCCUGCAGUGCCACCUGUGGUACCUGUCCCAGCUUAUGCAAUAGCACCAGGGGUACCUCCCCCGGCCUAUCCAGCAGUACCACCUGUAGUACUAGCUCCAGUGGUUUCGCCAGUUACCGCAACAGUCCCUACUCACCUUACUGAUAUAGUUGCAGCACGAGCUAGGAUCCCAGCUUUGGCAGAGUCGAUGAAAAGUUGA